AUGGGCACAAGAGCUACUUAUAAACAAGUAUCAGAUAAAUAUCAUAGUAUAAAAAGAUGCUUGGUUGAUAAAUUUGUUGAAAUAUGUAAAACAUGUAAAACACGCAGAUUAUCUAGCAAACCUUUAGCUAUAAGACCUAUUAUUAGCAAGUUUUUUAUGCAACGGCUUCAG